GGGUUCAUUUUUCCCAUCACUACAGUUAGAAGAAGCAAACACUAGAAUAAUUCACCGGAAGUGUCGUUCUUGCUCCAAAACAGUGCAAACGCGACUGUCCCGCAGCAAAAAGUACCGCAUUGCACAGGUUUGAAAAUGCUGUCAUCUUUAAGACCUGCAAGAAGUGCCUUUUUUUCUACCACCAAAUAUACAGGGUUCCAGCAAGCCAAUGUGGUUGUGCUGCCAUCUUUGCUCUCCAAAGACUUUGAGGAAUUCUGUAGGAAUAACGUGGCUCCUCUGCCUCUCCUUUAUGUGAGCAAGCCUGGAGAAAUGACCUGCAAACCGCUGGCUCAACACGCAGACAUAAGGACUGAUAUCUCCCAGUACUGUGUUUAUGAGAACGGCAAAUUGUUGAAAACUGUGUCCAGCCUCAACGCGUAUACCAGUUCCCUAAAGGACAUGGUUUGUUUCUAUCUGGGCUGCAGCUUUGGUUUUGAGGGUAAACUUAAAGAGGCCGGAGUCCCUAUGAGGAAUGUGGAGCAGAGGAAAAACGUCAGUAUGUACAGGACCUCUGUGUCCUGUGUACCAGCUGGAGUCUUUCACUGCCCCCUGGUGGUCACAAUGCGUCAUGUUCCAGCUGAGAUGCUGGAUACUGUAGUAGAGGUCACCCACCUCAACCCACUGGCCCACGGAGCUCCUGUCCACAUAGGAGACCCAAACCUACUGGGGAUCCAGGACUUGUCCAGACCGAAUUAUGGAGACGCAGUCAACCAGCAGCCUGGAGAUGUGCCUGUUUUCUGGGCCUGUGGAGUGACAUCCUUGGAAGCUGUUCUUAGUAGCAAGCCGGCAUUGGCCUUCAGUCAUUCUCCAGGCUGCAUGUUCCUUACUGACCUCCCGGACUCUUCCUCCUCCUCUCCCUCCUCUGUGUACCUGGACCCCCAUCUCACCCCCUUGAGCUUCAAAUUGUCCCAGAGUCCUUUGCUCUACAGUUUAGCUUCAAAAAGGGCUGUGCACAAAAUCAGACAACUGGAGAACAUUAUCAGAGAAGACCCAGGUGAGCGAGGGAUCAGCGCCAUCUUUCUUAAGGAUGAGCUGCUGUUGUCCUGCCUGGCUCUCUCUCAUGCCUUCUCUGUCCUUAUCACUACUGGCUUCCCCACUCAUUAUAUGCACAAUCCUCCUGAUGAGACAGAUGGUCCACCCGGGGCAUUUGCCAUGGCAAACAUGCUGUUGUCUCUAGGGAAACGGGUUACCAUGGUGACAGACCAGAGAUGCCUCCAGCUGAACCAGGACAUCAUGAACGAGGCAGUGAGCUCGGGUGUGCUGGCCGCGCCCAUACCGCUGGUCACUUUUGAAGACAAUAGCCCAGACUCCGCCCUGAACUUCCUGUGUCACCAUGGAGACAUCACCAAACCCAGAUAUGACCACUUGGUGGCAAUAGAGCGCAGUGGACGAGCUGCAGAUGGAAACUACUACAACAUGAGAGGAGUGAACAUUAAGCACAUGGUGGACCCCAUCGACAAUCUGUUUAUCGCUGCCAAAGACAUACCUGGGAUUCUAACCACAGGAAUUGGCGAUGGUGGUAACGAGUUGGGGAUGGGUAAAUUGAAGGAGAGAGUGAAGAGCCGGAUGCCCAAAGGAGAGCUAAUCGCCUGUGAUGUCGCUGCAGACUACGCCGUCACUUGUGGAGUGUCUAACUGGGGUGGGUACGCAGUGGCUUGUGGCUUGUUCCUGCUCCAAAGCUGCUCUUCACAUCAGAGAUACUUACAGAAAGGCCUGGGUUUAAACCAGGAGAAGACACAGACACAGAGGAGUGCAGCACUGCCCUCUGUGGACAAGGAGGAGUCCUUCCUGUCCACUCUGAUGCGAUUUGGAAUCAGAAGUGGAAAAACUGGAAACCUGGCGAUGGAGGUGGAUGGGAUGACCUUUCACCCCACGCACUCUGACCUCAUUGCCAGGCUGCUGCAUGCCACCCACUCCACAUGACAUCUGACCUCUCCUCUCACUUAAGGCCAUUUUGAAGGGCUAAAGGUGGCAUUAUUCUGUAUACAAAUAAAAAUGUAGUAAUGUUAUCUACUUUAACAUCGCUUUAGUGUUAAUAGGUUUUAGUUUUCUGUUAAGCGCAUAAUUUUUGGGAUUUUUUUCCCAUUCAAAAGAUGUAACAUUAUGAUUCAAUUGUUAAUUGUGAAACUCAUGGAUCAGAAUGUAUUUUGAUUUGAGUGACUUUGACUAGUUCUCAUGUACUUAAUGACCAUUAGUUAUUAUUUGUUUAUUGACUCUAUUAUGCUCUGUAUAUAAAACGUGCUAGUCGCCGCAUUCAAAAUAGAAAGUGACCAUGGGCACGCUUAUGGCUCCAUCAACUCUGGCUCCAAUUGACUUUACAUUGACAGACUGUGGCCCCUCUAUCUGCUGUCAGACUCGUCAUUUUUGUCUUAAAUGUUUGCAUGAGCCCGCUCUACAUGAUUCUGGUUUUAUUUUGCGAUUGAGUCGGUAAAUCAAGAUAUAAACAUUAAUAACAGACAAAUUAGGUUCCUUCUUUCCCCAAUAUCUGUCCAUGCUAGAGUGAGCAACAGGUUUGACUGGCAGCGUUACAGCGCCUACUCCCUGCUAAACCAGCUGUGCGGGCGGGAAGGGGCGUUACCUUCAACAGCCUCACUCCGGAUUGGCUCCUUAGUUCUUAUGAUAUCUUUAACAGCUUUACUCUGGAUUGGCUCUUUAUACAGUCUAUGAUCGGGACAGUGCAUAAUAGUGGACAGACAUGAUAUUAGGGCUGUGAUAGAACAACAUUUUUCUCCUCAUAUUUAUCUCAAUCUUAAUUUUAUUUUAUUUUUGUCUUUAUAAAAACAAGAAAGGUUUUUAAUAAGUAUUUCCUGAACAGAAACUGCCAAAUUUCUGCCAUUUCACUGAAGUCGACAGGGAGGGACAAAGGGGUCUGUUGCCCCAGGUACCAGAUUCUUUAUAUUAACUUGUUUUAUUAUAAAAUAAUAAAACAAGUCAAAUAUUCUAGGUAAAGUUAAUUAAUAAGCUAUUAAAAUAACUCAAAUCUAGAUACUUUUUGUCUUUCAUUCACAUGUGUUUAGUUAAAUGUGUACUAUGUAACUUGGUUGUUGCUCUCUCUCUCUCUCUCUCUCUCUCUCUCUCUCUCUCUUUUAGUUCGCUUCUUUAUAUAGUUCGUGGAACAGACACAGCAUAAAAUAAUAAAUAAUAAUAAAAGUUACUAUUGGCUGAAAUAUCCAUCCCUAAUGAUGUUUAUAUGUUUUUAUCAUUUGUUUUUAUAUGACUGCAGUAUUGGGUGAGUAGCACUAAUUAUACGGAUAUACGGAUGUAAAGUAGCUAUUGUGCUAAUUCCGGCAUAUUUACAUUGAUGCUGUUUGUUGACAUGUUGAUUAAUAUGCACUGUCCUAAUUAAAAUAAAUAAAAUAAAAUAAAUAACUUAAAGGUGCAUUGCGUAACAUUUCGGUCAAGGGUCCGCCACGUGUUUGACUCCACAUUAAUGUAUGGCAUUUAAUCUAACUGUCUCCAUGGAGACAAGCAGGCCACAUCACCAGGCCAAGUUACAGGUCAGAUCUGUGGAGAAGUGGGCCUGCUGACAGAAAUAACGCAUGUUUCUACUGUACUUCAGAGAAAUAAAAACACCCGUAGUUGAAUAAAUGUAUAAUGCCAUACUGUGGAACAUCCCAAGCAAAGCAAUAACAUCACCAUGGAGACAAGCACAUAACAGACUCCCCACCAGAGAAGUUACAUAGUGUGCCUUUAAUAUGUAUUGAACUACUGUUGGACUAAAAUUAACAAUAAAUUAGAUGUUUUU